CUUUACAGUUGAACAAGACUGGCCACUAAAGAACACCUCAUUCGCGACGCGGGUGACACACGCACCCAUAGCAGUAGUAGAGGGGCCACAAGUGGAGAAUUGAUGGAAGAGAAUUUAGCAAUUACCUACUUUUUCUUCUUAGAUGGUAACGAUUGGUGAGCUUUUGGCUGCGCAAUUGACUCAACACGACAUAUUGAGCAGUCCCGCAAGACAUAAGUGCUGAUUGUCCAGAAUCAACGUAAACGAGAACAGUGAGGGGGCUUGCGUCGACCCAGAGUGCGCCGAAUGAUGUCCUUUCUAGCGGGGCAGUGAGAAGGAAUCAAAGGUAUCUACAAAAGGAGCUCUUACGCCGGCUUUCCAAAAGGUGUCGUUUUGAAAGUCAUGGAGGGUGCGCUCUAUCACUCAGCGGGAAUUUUCGGCUCCCCCUCGGCUUCUGAAAACUUGACUGCAGGCGGAAAGAUGAUCACCCCCACCAAGCCUCUCGCUUUUUCGAUCGAACGGAUUAUGGCCAGGACGCCCGAGCCAAAGUCGAUACCUUUCCCCAACCUAUUCCAUCACACUCCGGUGGGUAGGCCUGAAGCAGACCCGAAGCAAGCACUCAACAUGACUUCAUCACUACAUUGCAUGAUACCAUUCGUGCCACUGGCAUACGAACCGGGUCAUAAACUAAAUAUUAAUGGAUUAGAUACGAGUCAAUUUGAGGCUUCCUCCUAUAAUUCAAAUGAGUUGGUGGGCAUUGGUUUGAACUAUAAGAACGAACAACCAGAUGUGAGCCCGUCGGUGGGACAAUACAAACUCUUUCGACCGCGGGUGGUGAACCAGUCGUCUUUUCAUGCCAUGGGGGCCGUGUGCUACCUGAACUGCGGGGAGAGUGCGUGCCCACCUCCGGCCAGCAUCGUAAACAUCCACCCCAUGGCCUCCUACUUUCUCAACACUCCGCUGCAACAUGCGCGCCAGAGAGCUUUUCUCGCGGAGAAAAAUAAAGUGUCUCACUGCACAGACAGAUAUCCAUCCGGAGUUGCAUUUAAAGACAUUUCCCAAACUCAACUCCAUCACUACAUGAAAGAGAGUGCACAGAUUCUAUCCGACAAACUAUUCAAGGGCUCUUCCAAAUUGAACAGUGCUUGCGCAAGCGGCAAACCCAAAGUAUUCACCUGCGAGGUUUGCGGAAAGGUGUUCAAUGCCCACUACAAUUUAACGCGCCACAUGCCCGUGCACACCGGAGCGAGACCAUUCGUCUGCAAAGUAUGCGGCAAGGGAUUUCGACAAGCAAGCACCCUUUGUCGCCACAAAAUUAUUCAUACUCAGGAAAAGCCUCAUAAAUGCAACCAGUGUGGAAAAGCGUUCAACCGGAGUUCAACUCUUAACACACACACACGAAUCCAUGCAGGUUACAAACCCUUCAUCUGUGAGUUCUGCGGUAAAGGAUUUCAUCAGAAAGGUAACUACAAGAACCACAAAUUGACGCAUAGCGGCGAGAAACAGUUCAAGUGCAACAUCUGCAACAAGGCCUUCCACCAAGUGUACAACCUGACGUUCCACAUGCACACGCACAAUGACAAGAAGCCAUUCACGUGCCCGACUUGCGGCAAGGGAUUCUGCCGGAACUUUGACCUGAAAAAGCACAUCCGAAAACUACAUGAUCUCUCUGGCUCCAAAUCCCCUGUCACUCUCGUCACGGGCGAAACUCACUAAAAAGUUCCGGCGCUAAAACGCCAACCGUUGCGCCUUUACGCUUAUUUGCUCAAAUCUGGAAAUAAACGUGCGAUUUUAGAAGAUGUUGUGGACAUUUACAUUUGAGUCAUUUAGCAGACGCUCUUAUCCAGAGCGCCUUACAGAACCAUUCUAUUAGUACAUAUUUUCCUUGAAUUUUACAUUAUAAUGUCAUUAUACUGUUGUUUUCUUUAAAUCUCAGGAUUACUGUAAAAUGUCAAUAUUUAUUUGAAAUUGUAACACAAAUAAUUUAAGAGAAUAAUUGAAGACUAUAUACAAAUUAUUUUUUGUUGUGAUGAGUGUGGUAGCCUACCCCAUUUUGUAUGAUGCCCUUGCUAAAGUUACAUGAUUUGCCAACAUUUGUGUAUAUGCAAAGUUUUCAGUGUUGGGGAAUAGCGAAUUUCAUGUAGUUGAACUAGUUAACUACAUUUUGCAUAAGCUUGGUGGUAGUUGACCUAAAUUCAAAUCUAGGUAGUGUUUUAAGUAGUUAAUGACUUAUUAUUUUGUGCCAUAUAGCGGUGUAGCUAACUACUGGAACUACACACUACUUUUUUGCUAAAAUAAAAUAUGGUUGAAGUAGGCAAUCAUUUCCUUUUUUUGCCAACAGAUCGGUUUAAGUCUGACUUGAAACAUCGUUGUGUUUAAUUGGCUAAAUGACACAUUUUGUUAACCCCAAUGUGGUCACUUCUUGCAAUUUGUAGUGCAUGACAUGCAUUUCAGAUUUACAUAUGAUAGUUUUUCACAAAGUAGGAUGGAUGUAGUGAAUUACUUUUUCAAAGUAACUUCAGUUAAGUAAAAUAUAUUUAUCUUAAGGGUAGCUUUAGUGUAGCUUAACUUAAGUAAUUGGUAGCUUGGUAAACUAUAUUUUUUGACUAGCUUCCCCAACACUGAAAGUUUGGCAAAAAAAACGAACGUCUUUGACACGUAUAGGCUACAUUGUUAAGCAGGUGCACAUACUAAAUAAUGUAAGUUAUGAAAAGAAAAUAAUGACAAUAAAAUGAAACUGUGUAUAUGUCA